CGGGCCGAGUAAUUUGGGCUUAAAACUCACCUUGACUGAAGGAGAUAUUCCCAUUCGCAGGACAGGAAUCCGUGAUUAAUAACCAUUGACUCUUACGAACUCAUCUAAUCUUUCUUUUCCGACUUCGCUCUCGUUUAUUUCCGUGUUAUAUAUAUCUAAUUCACUCAUUCUCAACAACGUUCCAACUUUAGAUGAGAACCAGGUAACUACCUAAGACAAAGUAUCACCACUAUGGCUGAGAACGAGCCCACCAAGAAGUAUCGCGGCAACUGCCAUUGCACCACAUACGUUUUCGAAGUCGAGCUUCCGGAGAACAUCAAAACCGGGCUGCAGGCUAAUUGCAGCUACUCUUACAAAAAGGGUGGCAUUUAUCUAAGCCCGAACGAUAGCGACGACAUCGAAUUCGUCAAAGGCGACCCGGCUACGUUGUCGAACUAUACCUUUGGUGGUGUGAAAUACCAGUUCUGUCCGACAUGCAGCGUUCUGCUGUUCCGUAUCGACACAAAAAUAUACGUGAAUAUACGAGUGCUCCAGCAGAUUAAAAUAUGGGAUAUAGACACAAAACCCCUUGACGAAGAAGCGACGCCACCGCCCUGGACUCCACCCGAGUUCACCGGUCCGGAGCCUCCGGCCGAAAUCGAGGGCGCGAGGAUAUACACGGGGAGCUGUCACUGCGGGGCCGUCACGCUGGCUGUGAAGUCGAAGCCUAUCGACGGCACGUACGACGGCCUCGUUAUAGAAUGCGACUGCAGCAUCUGUACCCGCAACGCCUACUGCUGGAUCUACCCGUCCAAAGCGCAAGUCUGCAUCGUGGCUACAACCUCGGAAGGGACGGGGAUGGGGUACUACUCAUUCGGGGGCGGGGUGUGGCGCAAGUCGUUCUGCCGGACGUGCGGGGUGUCCCUGCACAACCGGAUCGAGGACUACACGCCGGAGCGGAUCGAGCGGGAGCUGCCCGCCGAGCAGCGCCGGUGGGCGCGCGACCACCUCGACUGGUCGCCCGUCAACCUGCGCGUGCUGGACGGCGUCGACAUCGCCGCGCUGGGGAUCACGCGGGUCGAGGGGUCGGCGAGGUCUGGGCCGCCGAAGCCGGGUGGGUAUGUGGAUCCGUGAGAGCGUCUGGGGGGUAGGAGGUAGGGGGUUAGGUGUGUGUGUUUUGAGAGGGGUGGUAUUUUGAAUAUGGUUGGUGUAGGAGGUGUGCUAGAAUAGGAUACACCUUGAUGAGAGAGGUCUGUAGGUAGGUAUCUUCUCUAUGGUGUAUAUUAAUUAAGCACGGCAUAAUAGUCUUACGACUAUUACGUUUAAUAUAUGACACCUAGGUCAUUAUGUAGGAAGGUCCUCUCUCAUAUAAUACUCUUGACUCUCAGCGCGUAAUGUUGAUAUAUCCUCAAGAGAACAAUCUCGCUUAUCUUACAAUACCUUUUGAAUUAAGAUCAUUGGGAUAUAGGUAAUGUAUUAAUCUUAUAUAACCA